AUGAUUAUGAUCUCUUCAUCGGAUUCUGAAGAUGACUGUUAUAGUAACGUAGCACAAAAACUGGAAAAAUUAAAAGGCAAAUACCAAGAUGACAAAAUUGAAAGCACUAAUCUUCUUGACGAUUCAACUGAUACAAAAGACAGAAAAAACAGUUUAGAGAGAAAAUCAGAAGAUAGUGUUGAUAGUAUUUAUGAUGUCUUAAAAGAAGAUGGUGUACCUGAUAUUGAAUUAGAAAAACUUUUACGGGCACACUCAAAACGUGUGACUCGUUCGUCAAAGAGAAAAUCAAUGUCAAGUUCUUUUAAUCUUGAUGAAUUGUCUGUUUCAAGGGAACAAAACGUUACUAUUGACAUUAGUGAUUCAGUACCAGGUAGAGGAAGUAAAAGAAAAACAAACAAAAAUACAACAGCGAGUGUUGUUCAUAGAUCUCCUAGAGGUUCUAGCAGAGGUAGAGGUAGGGGUAGAAGUAGACGAACGACGAAUGGCAGAGGAAGAAUUAGUUCUGCUUAUCCAAUUUACAGUAUUGGAAACACAGAUGAAUAUCCUGAUCAAUCGGAAGAACAGACACUAUUUAGCAACAAUAUAACACACAAUGAUGUUAUACAGUUAGAUAAUAGUGACAUAUUAGAUGAAAAUGAAGAGUUGUCUGUUAAGGUCUACUGGCAGAGCUCAGAAAUAUUCAAAUUCACAUUACGAAAAUUUCAAAAACUAACCACAAUUUUCAGGCAUUUUGCUGAAAAGGAAAAAGUAAACCAAGAUAAAUUGUUAUUUACUUACAACGACCAAAUAUUAAAACCCGAUGAUACUCCUGAUUCAAUUAACUAUAAUAUUGGAAAGUUCAUUGAUGGUGGCAUUAUUAAUCAGGAUGUGACAAAAUUAUUAAAAAAUAAAAACAAAAAGGGAACCAGUGGACUGCAAAUUAAAUUUCAGUGUCAAAACUUAAAGAAACCUUUUGAAUUAACAAUUCAGCCGAAUGAUAAAUUUUCAUUAGCUAUGACAAAAUGUGCAGAGCACCUUGAGAAGCCCUUAAAUAAACUAAAAUUUGAAUUUGAUGGGGAUAGCAUAACAGGCACAAUGACAGCUAGUGAAUUGGAACUUGAAGGCGGAGAGUGCAUAGAUGUCAAAAUAAUUAGCUGA